AUGUCUCAGCAAGCGUCCCACUGCGCUAUUUGCUUCCUGCUCCGCCACGUAGCCAACUGCGACGCCAGCGGUGAUGCAUACUCCCGGCACUCCUGGGAGUCCGGUAUGCCAGGCCAAAUGCGUGGUGAUGCAGAGGGGACGUACGGUCAGAACUAUCGGGGCAGCGUCUCUGACACCGAUGGCGAAGACUCAGUGAUGGGUGAGGAAGAUGUUGCUGAUGUCCAGGUCAACCCCAUGCGCGACCGCGAGGAUGACACCGUGAUGAGCGACUCAGAUGAUAAUGAAUCUGUAGAGCAAGGUGUUUUCCAAAGAUCCGAUAUCAUGGAAAUCGACGAUGCUAGCUGGGAGUUGCUUGGUGGUGUCAGCCUAGUGUAUGCAGAUGACUCGAUGGUGAUUGACAAUGGGAGUGACCAGCUUCGAAAGAGCGAGAUUGUACGACGAUUCAGCGUCGAGUUGCAGGCUGCUGUCGCGAUUUGA